CAGGUCCUGUUGGGCGCUGUUCAGUGGCAUUCAGUGGUUCAUUUCAUUUAGUUGGUACAUGAUAUAUUAUAGAAUUGGAUGGAAUUAUUGUCGACGCAUGCCUUUUGAAGUAAACCGAACGGUAUUCGGGGUAUUCGUAUUGGAACGACUAGGAGUCGAAAGAGUCUAUAUAAAAUACGCACAUAUACACUGAUAUACACUGUAAAGAAUCAUAGAAAGGGGUAUGUAAUUAAGUGCGGGCAAUAAAUCAAAGCAAUUGUUCGUGUGCAGCGGCAGUAGCUGUCUGCAGUUUGUCCGUUUCAGUGCCGGCAUGUUGCGUUGUUACUUGCUCUUUCCGGGAAGAUUCUACACUGUGUCUGUGACUCACUGAAUAUGAACAAAGUCAUCUGUGCUGGAUGAUUCAUCUGUGUGUUGUCUGUGGGAAAGUCACGGAAUAAAGAAGGGUCGUAUUCGUUCGGUUCUAUUGACUCGUACCGAGAACAACCAAUAUGACUGAUAAGUUGAGCAAAACAAUGAGCGGGGCGGCGGCUUUCAAUCCUCUGAAGCCGGUGCCCAUGAAACUGUUUGCUACCUGGGAAGUAGACAGAACACCCUCUGAUUGUAUACCAAGGUUGUGUUCAUUAACACUGACAAGGCUUGUUGUAAUCAGACCACUUGGCAAUGAUCUUGCUUCAAUAUCAAUUGCAGUCAGGAUGCAAUCCCAUAAGCGUAUUCUCAGAUCCAAUGAACUGCUUUUGCCAUCUAAUGGACUAUUGGAUACAUCACUUGAGCUAACUUUUAGUCUGCAAUAUCCACACUUUCUGAAGCGUGAUGGCAAUAGACUACACAUUCUAUUGCAGCGCCGCAAGAGAUAUAAAAAUCGCACAAUGCUGGGUUUCAAAACAUUAGCUGAGGGUGUCAUUCGCAUGGAUCAGGUUUUGCAGAAGCAAAUGGACUUGGAAUUGGAACUUCAUGAGAAUAGUAGCAAAGAUAAAAGUGCUGGUCCUGUAGCUAAAAUCAGUGUUUUGGGUGUGAGUUCCACACCAGUCGAUGGUGAUCACAAACCUGAAAGGGACAGAGAUUACAGUGAUGAUGAAGAUGAAUUUAGUUCUGGGGAGGAAGAGGUUGCAGAUCUAUCAGAUUCUGAGAAUUUGAGACCAAAACUACCACACACCAGGCACAAUUUAAAGCAAAGAUUUGUGUCAUUGUUAAGAAGAUUUAGAGUGGCUGAUACUGAAGGGGUUAGAGGAAAUGAGCUUGCAAAUACUACUGAUAUACAUGCAUUAUUUCAGGAAUUGGGUUCUUUGAGUUGCGAUGAAGAUUCUGGUGGUGAGCAGGAUACGAUGUCUAUAUCGAGCACACCGAAGCCCAGUUUAAGACCUUUCUUCAGUAGUAGCCGGAGUUUGUUAGAUAGCAAUGUGCAUCCGGAAGUUCUUGAUCGCGAUGAGAAGAAUUGUUCCGGCAGCGAUGGAAAUGCGGAUCUUUGUGGGACUGACUACGAAGCUCAUUCGGAUCCUCAGACAGGUUCUCCACCAAGGGAAAAACAUUUACCAAGACUUAAGAGUGAUGUAGAAAAUACUGUUGUCGCACCAGAAUCAACAGAGAAGAAGACCAAGUUGUUCAGGACAUCAGCAUCCGCGGCUAAGAAGAAGCAUUCUCUGAGUAUAGGAUCAGACACUGCACCAAGCACAACUCCAGAAUCUGUUGUUGCUCGUAAGAUGUUUCUGGAGCAAAUCUCAAGGUUUCUUUCAUUGGAAGAGCCCGGUUUGCCUGAACACGUCGUGCUAAUUUCUGGUCCGGAACAGCAGACUAAUGUCUUAGUAUCGAGACUGUGCUCAUUUCAAAGGAUUUUCCAACCAUGCUCGGCCACGGAAGUACGGUCGACAUUAACUAAUAUAUUCGCUAAACUGCACAAAUACUGUAAUAGCUACGCAAAACCUUCGACACCUAUCAAAUUGAUCUUGGUUGGAGGAGAUGCUUUGGUCGGCUGGGCUCUAAGACCAUACGUGGAUAUGCUUUCCACCAAACCGCCUGAUUGGAUCAACUAUAUACGUAUCUAUGUGGCGCCUUUGGGUUCUUGCGCUGUUUCCAGAUAUUUAGCUAGUUUGGAUGCCGGUUAUGCAGCUCUAUUCCCAAAUGAACAGGACUUCAAAGAAGAUCUUGCUUCAAGAAUUCACCGAUACGUUGCUGGAAACGGACCAGUCACCCAAUUACCUUUAGCCGAAGCUAUGCUUACAUGUCAAGACGAUUCAAGUCAACUCUUCAUUCCAUUUGUUAGUGAAGUCAGAGUUGGUCCUGCUGAUACAGGAAAUUCUCUAUCAAUGGAUUUGGAUGAUGUCAUGUGCUAUAGUAAUCAGCCUCCUCCUCCUUUAACUCCUCCAUCAUCACCAAAUGUUCAGGUAAGGGAAUCUCCAUGGGAGCCUCUAGAAUUGCAGUUGGAUUACUGGCAGAUACCUGGAUCUAGAGAAAAGUCAGACAAAGCGACGAAAACAGAUGGGAAAACUUCCUUGAAGGGACUAUUCAGAGCACUACAGGCGUCACCUGGAUUAUCUCUUUCAAUCCAUCUAGCCUCCAAGGAGAAGAAGCAGAAAAUCAUGAGACUAGGCAAGAAGAAAGAUAAGGAAAAUAACGAAGCCCGAUCUCAUUGCGUCGAAUCAAUAUCCCGAUUGAUUUGUUCAUCGAAAGGCUCGAACUCUGCACCCAUGAGAGUAUUAAUCGACGGUUCAGAAUGGACUGGUGUAAAGUUCUUCCAGUUGAGCAAUACUUGGCAAACCCAUGUGAAAUAUCUGAGCGUGGCAAUGGCCGGUGUACCUUUGGCUAGCGCAGACCCAUGAAAUGGUUAAACAAAUAUUUGUUUAUUUUUUUGUUUCUUUAAUAUCUAGUCAGCCCUAAAUUAAUAUUUCACAAAGAUAUCUAAGUCUCGGAAAAUUCAGCUAUAGAGAAGAGAACAAAUAUCGAAAGAUUAUAUAUAUAUUACCGUACUCUUGUUUACAAUGUGAUAUAUCUAUUAGAAAAAUGUCCGCUUGAAAAAAAAAAUAUAUAUAAAAACAGUGGAGCGCCAAUGAUCAUAAGACUGACAUCCGAAAUCCAACAUAAAAUGCCAAGACUUAAUAAA